AUGCCACCAGUCAGCGAAUCCCGCCCCCUAAGGCCAAUGCAGAUCCUUUCCCUAGGCAUGCCCAAAACCGGCACGGCCUCCAUGGCCGCCGCCUACCGCAUCCUCGGCUACCAAGACGUGCACCACGGCAUCGACGCCAUCUUCACCUACCCCUCGGACUUCGCGGUCUUCUCCCGCGCCGCCGACGCCACCUUCCCGACGCUACCCACCUACACGGGCAAGCCCUUCACGCGGGCGGACUGGGACGCGGCGUUCGGGCCGUGCGAGGCGGUGACCGACCUGGCGCCGCUCUUCGCCGCGCAGCUGAUCGAGGCGUACCCGGAGGCCAAGGUCGUGCUCGUCGAGCGCGACAUGGACGCCUGGUACCGCAGCACGGCCGCCGCGCUCGACAUGUUCUUUGGCGCCGUCCCCGCCUUCUUCAUCGAGGUCGUCGAGCCCAUGAUCGGGUCCUGCGCGGGGCCCGCCAGCAAGAAGCUCCUGCAGGGGUUUUAUGGCGCCCGGACCGGCGAGGAGGCCAAGGCCAACGCGAGGCAGCGCUAUGUGUGGCAUUAUGAGAUGGUUAGGAAGAUGGUGCCCAAAGAGAAGGUGCUGGAGUUCCGGCUGGCGGACGGGUGGGGGCCGCUGUGUGAGUUCUUGGGUAAGCCGGUGCCCGACGAGCCGUUCCCGCGCCUGAACGAGGCGGUAGCAUUCAAGAAUAUGGAGAGGGAGUGGAGGAUGCAGCACUGGACAAAUUUCAAGAGGAUAUACGGGCGAUGGGUCGUCGCCGCAGGCACACUGGGGCUGGUUUAUAUGGCGAAGCGUGGUGGUCUGCUUUUGAUGUAA